CGGCGCCGCGGGCCGCCGGGCCCCGCGGACCGGGCCGGCAUGGUGUGCGGACGCUGAGCGCCGGCUCCGGACCAGCUGCCUGCUGUGCCCUGGGAGAUCAUGAAACGAGGCCGCCUUCCCAGCAGCAGUGAGGACUCCGACGACAAUGGCAGCCUGUCCACUACUUGGUCCCAGAAUUCUCGAUCCCAGCACAGGAGAAGCUCCUGCUCCAAACACGAGGAUCGCAAGCCUUCCGAGGUGUUUAGAACAGACCUGAUCACCGCCAUGAAGCUGCAUGACUCAUACCAGCUCAACCCGGAUGAGUACUACGUGCUAGCCGACCCAUGGAGACAGGAGUGGGAGAAGGGAGUCCAGGUGCCCGUGAGCCCAGGGACCAUCCCUCAGCCUGUGGCCAGGGUCCUGUCUGAAGAGACGCCCCUCAUGUUCAUUAGGCCGAAGAAGCACAUCGUCUCCGCAGGCUCGGAGCCUCCAGCUCUGGGCUAUGCUGACAUCCGGACGCUGGCCGACAGUGUGUGCCGGUAUGAUCUCAACGAUACCGAUGCCGCGUGGCUGGAGCUGACCAAUGAGGAGUUCAAGGAGAUGGGAAUGCCUGAGCUAGAUGAGUUCACCAUGGAGCGGGUCCUGGAAGAGUUUGAGCAGCGAUGCUACGACAAUAUGAACCAUGCCAUCGAGACGGAGGAAGGGCUGGGGAUCGAGUACGACGAGGACGUGGUGUGUGAUGUCUGCCAGUCCCCCGACGGCGAGGACGGCAACGAGAUGGUGUUCUGUGACAAGUGCAACAUCUGUGUGCACCAGGCCUGUUAUGGAAUCCUCAAGGUGCCAGAGGGCAGUUGGCUGUGCCGGACCUGCGCCCUGGGUGUGGAGCCGAAAUGUCUGCUGUGUCCCAAGAAGGGGGGUGCCAUGAAGCCCACCCGCAGCGGAACCAAGUGGGUCCAUGUCAGCUGCGCCCUGUGGAUCCCAGAGGUGAGCAUUGGCAGCCCGGAGAAGAUGGAGCCCAUCACCAAGGUGUCUCACAUCCCCAGCAGCCGCUGGGCACUGGUGUGCAGCCUCUGCAACGAGAAGUUUGGGGCCUCCAUUCAGUGCUCGGUGAAGAACUGCCGCACAGCCUUCCACGUCACCUGCGCCUUUGACCGCGGCCUGGACAUGAAGACCAUCCUGGCAGACAACGAUGAAGUCAAGUUCAAGUCCUACUGCCCGAAGCACAGCUCGCACCGGAAGCCCGAGGAGAGCCUUGGGGCGGGGCCCGCGGAGAACGGGGCUCCCCGGAGCCCCCUGGAGGCCCUCACCGGCCCUGGGCAGCAGCGUGACGAAGCCCACCGCACCAGCGUCCGCAAGCAGAAGCUGCAGCAGCUGGAGGACGAGUUCUACACCUUCGUCAACCUGCUGGACGUGGCCAGGGCCCUGAGGCUGCCGGAGGCGGUGGUGGAUUUCCUGUACCAGUACUGGAAGCUGAAGAGGAAGGUCAAUUUCAACAAGCCCCUCAUCACCCCAAAGAAAGACGAGGAGGACAAUCUGGCCAAGCGCGAGCAGGACGUCUUGUUUAGGAGGCUGCAGCUGUUCACGCACCUGCGGCAGGACCUGGAGCGGGUGCGGAACCUCACGUACAUGGUCACACGCAGGGAAAAGAUGAAACGGUCGGUGUGCAGAGUCCAGGAGCAGAUAUUCAGUCUUUACACUAAGCUCUUGGAGAAAGAAAGAGUUCCAGGUGUGCCUUCUUCCUGUGCAUCCUCCUCCUCCCUGGAAAACAUGCUUUUGUUUAACAGUCCUGUGGGUCCUGGCACUCCCACCAUAGAGGACUUGACGUGGCAUUCGGCCUUCUUCAGGAAGCAGAUGGGCGCAUCCUUGGCCCCGUCGCUGAAGAAGCUCCAUAAACGAGACCCGCUGAGACCUGGGAGCAUGGGCAAGGCCUCCCUUGGACGGCCGGGCCUGGCCGGGGGGCGGGGCGGGCUGGGGGCCCCAGGCGGCUUUCUGAACUUUGAAAAGACCUUUGCAGAUGCACGCUUCCUAUCAUCAGCACAAGAGAAAAAUGGGGUUGCGCCGCCAGACCAUGGGAAACGGAGAGACAAUCGCUUUCAUUGUGACCUCAUUAAAGGCGACUUGAAGGACAGGCCUUUGAAACCGAGUCACAAGCCUCUCAGGUCCACAGAUUCAUCCCAGAGGCACCCGGGCAGCCCCCGCAUGGCCACUCUGCCCGGGGCGGGGCAGUGGGCGCCUGGCGCCCGGAGGGAGGGCGUGCCCAGGUGCAAUGGCUCCCUGCUCCGAGCCGGCGGUUCCCAGACUGCAGCCCAAGUGCCUACCACACCUGCCAGCCCGGUGAAAAACUGGGGCGGAUUCCGGAUUCCAAAGAAGGGGGAGCGGCCGCAGCAGGGAGAGGCCCCUGAGGGGCCUGGCCACCAGCACACAGACUGCCCGUACCUCAGCCUGGGCCGGGCACCGGCCAAGGACCGGGCUAAGAGCAAAUUAAAAUCUGACCACGAGAAUGACGGGUACGCCCCAGACGUAGAACUAAGUGACUCUGAGGGCGAAGCAUCGGAGAAGAAGUGUCCACAGGCCAGCGGCCCCCUGGGCAGGAGGGCGGACUUCAUCCGGAGGAGCAUCUUGGCCUCCUGAUGGCCGAGGGGGACAGACCCCCCGAUUCCCGGGCUACACACACAUUUACUUACAAUUCAGAUUGGGUUUUUUUUUCAGAGUCAUUUAUAAAUCACUGUUGUGAGAAGUUUGUGUUAUUAGCAACUUGUUGAGAAAACAGAAGAGUAGACUAACGCAGGACAGCUAAGGUCAGAAGCUGAGUGUUAAGGGUUACAAGAAGGCAAGGCUUCAGUAAGCCUCUGCAUACUGUGCUUCUUGCCCUCUGCAUUCUUCCAAAGCACAAACUCUGGGUUCCCUGAAUGUACAGAAUCCUAUCUAGUUCUGCAGAAUGGACUGACACCCUGUGGAGACCAGGGCGCCACGCACGUACAGCCCUGAGGUGUAUUCCUAGGACGGGUCGAUUUUACAAUCACUCUGGCCCCAAGGCCAUUCUUGUUGCGUUGAUAGUGUGCAGGCAGCAGCUCUGGGACCCCCCUGCACCCCGCAUCAGCAGAGUUGGCAGGAAGGGGCUUCUGGAGGGCUGGGCGUGGGCAGUGCCACAGGGCUUGGGGAGUCAGGGAGCCCGCGCAUGGCCCUGAGACAGUUCUCACAGUUCUCUCCUGGCACGGGGUGUCCUUGGCCACGGCCCGCACCUUUGCCUUCUACCCUCCAGUGGUCGUUUGCGGUCACUCACUCCCCAGAGCCAAUCACUAGUGCGCGUCAGGGAACCCGGGCCUCCAUCACGAAUAGGUUCCCUGAGGAAAACAAGAAGUGAGGUUAUAUUUUAAACCUAUAGAAAGGCAAUAAGUUGCAAUAAGCUCUUACCAUUGACCUAGUUAUAUAGACAAGAGGUUGAAAUGCACCCAGGAAUAGGUUUUUGGGGUCAGAGUUCUUAUUUGUAACUUGGACUUUCUAAUUGCAAAUGGCAAUAACUAGUAAGUUAUCAGCAAUAAUAAGUUUAGCAUUAAAUUUGAGAACAAUGUUGUAGUGCAUAUGUAUUCAGAUACUGGGUAGUGUUAAGGUCCUGUUAAUUUUCUUUGGAAUUCAAUGUCGUUGUGAGUCAAACUUACGGGAAGCUUAAGCAGCAAUGAGAUUUAGAAGUACGGGCGUCGGGAGCCAGCCCAGCGUCCCCCACACUGCCCCACAGUCCGUCAGUGCCAGCGCCUGCCCUCCUGGUUCAUUUACAUGUCUGUCCUCAUUGGCAGAGCGGUUCUGCUGCUUAGGAGUGAUGCUCCGAGCACUGUGGUUCACUGUCGAGUCUUCCAGGUGACUGUCAACCGCAAGCUUUGUGAGCUCUGUCUUGCUAUGCAAGUUUUACCAGAUGAUUGGAUAGCAGAUCUGGCGCAUCCCUGUUGUGUGUUUGACAUGUUCAAACCAAGUCUUCACUUUUCCAAGUACACUGUAGCUCAUUCAGGGGAGGGGAAAGACUGGUUUUUAGACAGACUGCUUUUGAGCCCUGAGGCUCAUUUCAAGAGACUGCUGUCCUAAGUAGCUGUUGCUGUAGGCGGCGGAGGGUCUUAUCCAAGUUGCACGUUUGCUAGUAGCAUAAUUUAUGGAUUUUUUUUGGUAAUUUUUGCAUACGAGCAAAACCCUUCUGGACAGAGGAGAAGGUUGGACUCCACCGCAGUUGUCUUUUGAUGACAGCUCUCGGUGAGAGGAGGGUUGUAGAGGGGUAAUCUGUGAAGCCAUAGAAAGAAAGUCUAAAUUAAUGUAGUGUAUGGCCUCUCACCACUCAGAGGUACCAGACUCAUUUGCACUAUUUAGGAAUGCUAGUUUUGUGCAAAAAAAAAUGCCUUACCUGUUUUCCCCCACAUUUAGGUUGAAAAGCUUUCAAAUGUUCCAAGUUAUGCUGAACCAAAAAACAAAAGAAAAAAACCCACAAAAAAAAAAAAAACAAAACACAGAAAUAAAGUCCAUACUUUAUAGUCCUGCUCUGAAAUGCCAGUGGUGUGCGGUCUCCGGACAGUAGGUGGCAGCCUUGUCGCUGGGAACUCUGCAGCAGCCGCCCAGCGACCCACUGCGCCCUAUUAGCAUUGGAACCGUUGGCUUUUUCUUUUUCCCUUGUGCAUCCUGACCAAGAAAUACCUUUGAUUAUGAUCAAUGUAUUAUGUCAAAAUGUAGGCUAGUUAAGCUUUUGUAAAGUUGCCUGGAGUGUCAUUUGUUAGGUUAUAAACACAGGACUUAAAUGACGGUUUUAUGUGUUGUGUACAAAUCUAAAUUAUUUUAAAAUGGACAAACUUGUCAUUACAUUUGUAACCUUGUACAGAGGAUUUUUCACUAUGUGCCUAGCUUGGUGUCCAUUCAACUGAAUUGAAAAAAAAAAGAGGUGCAUGAAGAGCUACAAAUCAGAAAUUAAACAAAGUCUAUGUAGAGAUGACUAUUUUAUAUUACACGGCCCAGUCCUGUAUUUAUUUCUACCCCCUUUUUGAAAGUAUUUAUAAAACUAGUUGAGGACAACUGUAUUUUUUGUUGAACUAUUUAGUAGAAUUGUGCCUUUUUGUCUGUAUGUGAAUAAAUGCUGUACAUUUUGCAAUACA